UGUGAGUAGUUGUGUUGUGUUAUUUAAUCUGUGGAAUCUGUUCGUUUAAUGUUGAUCUAUUGCUAGAUAUAAAUUAAUGACGUUUGUUUUGUUUUUGGCGCAAUACCUAAAAUCGGGUUGAAUACCAUACUACAAGAAAAAAAAAAAUGAUGUCAUGUGAUUGAUUGAUAUAAAUUUCCGUUUGCCUUUUCUUUACACGAUAUAAAUAGUCAUAUAAAAAACCAAUGAUUAUUUUUUUAUUUAUUUAAAGUAUUUUCUAAUCUAGAUCUAAUUAUUUUUAAAAGUAUGACUUUAGAGAAUAAACAUGAUUCAAUGGCAGUUGACGUUGAAGUGGUCUCUGACUUAUUGGAUAAACUAGUAUUGAAACAACUACACUUGAUGGAGGAAAAAAUGGUAUAUGAAUUAAAGAUAGAAUCAAGUAUUAACAAUGGAAGCAUUAAUUUAGCCAAAUCUCGUUACAUUAUGGGUCAAAGUUCUGUAAGCACAGCUCGAUUACCUGUGGAAAACAGUCCAGAAUUCUCUGCUUUGACUUCUUGUGAAACUACCAUAGAAGAUGGUGUGCAACAAUUGAAAGUGGUUGAGAAUACUGAUAAAAGUAAAGUGAAUCCAAUUCGCUGGUUUGGUGUGUUAGUACCUCAAAAUUUGCACAAGGCACAAAGCAUUUUUCAGAAUGCUAUAAACUUUGUUGUAGAAUGUGUAAAUGUUCAAUUACAGUUACAUGAAAAUAUAAAAAAUAUAGAAGCAUUGAAAAAAUAUAUAUCUCUAAAUAAGUCAUCAUGAGUAGUUUCUAAAUACAUUCAAUAUUGAUACAAGACUAGUUUGUUAUGCAAAUAUUGAAAAAAGCUUUGUAUAUCAUCAUUUAGAUAAGUUUAUUUCUUUCAUGAGUAAUUAUAUUUAUGUUUUGUUUGUGCUCAUGUAAUGUACCAAAUAUUACUAAUGAUAAAAAAAACAUUAUGAUUAAUUGUUUAUUUUGAUUCUCAAGAAAUUGCAUUUUCAAAUAUACAUAUAUAGGAAUCGUUGAAACUAUACAACUAAAAUAAGUUGAGCAAAACUGAUUUGGGCCUUAAUUAUCUCAUUAUAUGGACCUGCUUCUGAAUAUAUGAUUGUAUAUAUAUAUUUUUUUCUCCUUUUCUCUUUCCAUCUGCCAUCAGCCUUAUGGCUAUAAUCAGAUAUAUUGAUUUUUUUUUUUGGGAUAUGUCAUCCAUUGACGGCUAUCCCUUUUAUUUUACAUAAUUAGGUACUUAUAUUUUAGCCAAAUGUUCCCUCUUCAAGCGAAAUACAUCAUCAUCCCUGGUAUCUAGAAGCUUUAGGGCUAAUUUGUUCCCAUGGUAUUCAAGUCUGUGCUUGUACAUACAGUCAACUGAUUUCAUCCUUAAUAGUUGGUAUCUCGAGGUAUUUGUGUACUUCAUCAUUCCUUGUAAACCAUGGUGCAUUUGUGAUAAUUUUUAAAGCAUUGUUCUGGAAUCUCUGUAGAAUUUCGAUAUUCGUUCGGGAAGCUGAGCUCCAUAGUUCGAAUCCGUAAGUCCAUACUGGUUUGAUGAUACAUUUGUAUACAAUUGUUUUGUUUUCAAGACUUAAGGAGGAUUGUCUACCUAUUAGCCAGUUCAUUUGACGAAACUUAUUAUUAAGUUGGUCUCUUUUUGCCUGAAUGUGAUUCCUCCAAGUUAGCUUUCUGUCCUAAUGCAUACCUAAGUACUUGACUGUGGAUUGUAGUGGUAAUAAGUUUCUAUCUAGUGUGACCCAUGGACAGUCUCCCUUCUUGAGUAUAAAUGUAAUAUGAGUUGACUUUGCAGUAUUAACUCUUAUUCUCCACUUUUUGAACCAGUAACUCAUUUUUCCAGAUGGAUUUGGAGCUUUGUGGAUGCCACGUUGGGGCUGACACUAGAUGCUAGUAAAGCGGUAUCGUCUGUUGUGUAGUUAGUUAUGUUGUAGCUACUAUAUCUUGUGAAGUGGGUAAAUCAGCGGUAUAGAUCGUAUACAAUAGGGGGUCCAGAACUGAACCCUGGGGUACUCCCACUUUAAUUUCAAGUAGAAUGGAAAGUUUAUCUUCGCACUUGACCUGGAAAAUCCUAUGCAUUAAGUAAGAUUUAAUUAGCAUAUAGGCAGUGCUUGGUAAACAUAGUUUCAACUUGUAUAGUAGACCCUUAUGCCACACUCGAUCAAAAGCCUGUUGAACAUCCAAGAAUACAGCCGAACAGUACUCUUUUUUUUCCAAU